CAGAAAGAUCAAUCGCAAGAAAAUUUUUACGUGAGGAAAAUGGAAUCAAGUGUGGUAUUCAAUAGUAUCGUUAGAGUGAAAAAAGAACCAAUCGACGUGUUGCUCGGUGAAAAUGAUUACAUUGUAAUCGACAAGACAGCCGAUGUCAACAAUUUUCAAUUCUUAAGGCAUCCGCAAGAAAAUCAAAUUCAAAAAUCUGACGAAAAUCACGAAAGUGAACUUGAUGACUUGGCGAUCGAGUUGGAAUGUAAAGACAUGAAGCCGAGCUUGGAUUUAUUAGCAGUUACGAAAAUUGAAAAUUGUUCUGAAGAUCACUUGGCAGCUAUUGAAAAUUGUAACGAAUAUCAAACUCAAAACAUAAUUAAAUUAGAAGCUUUGGAUGCUGUAAAAAAAGAAUCGUUUGUGGACGACGCAAAUCAAUUGAGUAUGAACUCAAACUGUAAACUCAGCGAGCCAACGAAAAGAAAAACAGUUGUAAAAAAUGUAAAUUAUAAUCAUAAACUCCAAAAACAUAUUGAUAUGCCGAAUAAUAAAAUCACAUAUCCUUGUGAUACAUGUGGAAAGGCAUUCGCACAUAAGAGCAAUCUUAAAAUACACAUCGAUUCGACGCAUCUUAAAAUCACUCAUGGCUGUGACUUCUGUGGAAAGUCAUUCUCAUGUAAAAUUUAUCUGAAAAAACACAUUGAAGCAAUACAUAAUGGUAAAGCUCCCACAUGUGAUAUUUGCGGAAAGACGUUCUCUCAAAAAAGUCAUUUGAAAUCUCACAUCGACGCGGUGCAUCAUAAAAUUACUCAUACCUGUGACUUAUGUGAAAAGUCAUUCUCACUUCAAGGUGAUCUCAAGAAACAUAUUAAAGCGAUACAUAAUGGUGAAACUCCCACGUGUGAUAUCUGUGGAAAGACGUUCUCUCGAAAGAGUAAUCUUCAAACCCACAUCGAUUCGGUUCAUAAUUGUCGAGAAGGUUACGAAUGUGACGUGUGUGGCAAGAAGUUCUCGCGAAAGGAUAUUCUAAAAUCUCAUAUCGAUUCGAUACAUAAUAGUAUCACCUACCCAUGCGAUUUUUGCGGAAAGACAUUUUCUCAAAAAAGUUAUUUGAAAUCUCAUAUCGAUUCGACGCAUCUUAAAAUCACUCAUGGCUGUGACUUAUGUGAAAAGUCAUUCUCACUUAAAGAUUCUCUCAAAAAACAUAUUGAAGCGAUACAUAAUGGUAAAACUCCCACAUGUGAUAUUUGCGGAAAGACGUUCUCUCAAACGAGUUGUCUUCGCACCCACAUUAACUCAGUGCAUAAUAGUCAAAAAAGUUGUGAAUGUGACGUGUGUGGCAAGAAGUUCUCGCGAAAGUAUAUUCUGAAAUCUCAUAUCGAUUCGAUUCAUAAAGGCAUCAUCUACCCAUGUCAUAUUUGCGGAAAGACAUACAGUCAAAAAGGAAAGCUCAAUAGUCAUAUCAAAAAGGUGCAUAACAAUACCACAUAUGCAUGCGAGACGUGCGGAAAGAUAUUUGGACAAAAAAUAAAUCUUCAAAAACACAUCGAUAUGGCGCAGCAUUCACGCAUCAGCAUCACGACUUAAUAAAUGUACUAAAUUUUAUUGUGCCAAAAACACAACAAUGUAAUAUCAAUAAUUCCCAAUUUGCCUGCUUGGCUAAUUUGCAUAUCUUGACAAUUGUUCAAAGAAACUAUGAAGUGUUAAUUUUAAGUUUAUAAUAUGUUGAACCCCUAACAUUGAUUUCAUUUUUGUAAUAGUAAAUAGAAUAGGUAGUCGCUUUUCAAUAAAAUUUUAUUUCGCGACUCGCUUAUGCAGAUGCAUUCAAUUAGAAAUUUACUCCAUUGUAUUAUUUUUUUUAGAAAAUUUUAAUAUUGAUUGUGUUACAUUGAUUGUCAUUAAGUAAUCUGAACGAAUUAAAAAUCUUAUUGAUUGACGAGGAUUGACGAA